GGGGGGCAACUGCAUCACCCCGGGCGCGGGCGGGCGCAGCCUGUCGGCCACCGUCCGCGAGCCGAGCCGGACGUGACGUCACGCUCACUUCCGCCGCCGUCGGAGGCUGCGCGGGGCUGUGGCUCCGGGACUGCGGAGAACACAUUGUGACGUCGGUGCCUCAGAGCUAAAACUAUGAGUGAAUUUCGGAUUCACCAUGACGUCAAUGAACUGCUUAGCCUGCUGCGUGUCCACGGAGGAGAUGGGGCUGAGGUCUACAUUGACCUGCUUCAAAAGAACAGGACCCCGUACGUCACUACCACUGUCUCUGCUCACAGUGCCAAGGUUAAAAUUGCAGAGUUUUCUCGUACUCCGGAAGACUUUCUAAAGAAAUAUGAUGAACUGAAAUCUAAAAAUACAAGGAACCUUGACCCGCUGGUGUACCUGUUGUCAAAGCUCACGGAAGACAAAGAGACUCUGCAGUACUUACAACAGAAUGCAAAAGAAAGAGCUGAGCUUGCAGCCGCUGCCGUGGGCAGCAGUACCACCAGCAUCAACGUCCCUGCCGCGGCCUCCAAGAUCUCCAUGCAGGAGCUUGAGGAACUGAGGAAGCAGCUUGGCAGCGUGGCCACAGGCUCCACACUGCAGCAGUCUCUGGAACUUAAAAGAAAGAUGCUUCGAGACAAGCAGAACAAAAAAAAUUCAGGCCAGCACCUCCCCAUCUUCCCAGCAUGGGUGUAUGAGAGACCUGCCCUGAUCGGGGAUUUCCUGAUUGGUACUGGCAUCAGCACAGACACCGCUUUGCCGAUAGGCACGUUGCCCCUGGCCUCGCAGGAGUCGGCCGUGGUGGAGGACCUGCUGUACGUGCUGGUGGGCGUGGACGGGAGGUACGUCGCUGCUCAGCCCCUGGCUGGGAGGCAGAGCCGGACCUUCCUCGUGGACCCCAACCUGGACCUGUCCAUCAGGGAGCUGGUGCACAGGAUCCUCCCGGUGGCCGCCAGCUACUCCGCCGUGACCAGGUUCAUUGAAGAGAAGUCUUCCUUCGAGUACGGGCAGGUGAACCACGCCCUGGCGGCCGCCAUGCGCACCCUGGUGAAGGAGCACCUGAUUCUGGUGUCACAGCUGGAGCAGCUGCACAGGCAGGGCCUCCUUUCGCUGCAGAAGCUCUGGUUCUACAUCCAGCCGGCCAUGCGCACCAUGGACAUCCUGGCCUCCCUCGCCACCUCGGUGGACAAAGGCGAAUGUCUUGGGGGGUCCACGCUGAGCCUGCUCCACGACAGGAGCUUCAGCUACACAGGGGACAGCCAGGCGCAGGAGCUAUGCCUGUACCUAACCAAGGCGGCCAGCGCUCCCUACUUCGAGGUUCUGGAGAAGUGGAUCUACAGGGGCAUCAUCCACGACCCAUACAGUGAGUUUAUGGUCGAGGAGCACGAGCUGCGGAAGGAGAGGAUCCAGGAGGAUUACAACGACAAGUACUGGGACCAGCGGUACACCAUCGUCCAGCAGCAGAUCCCGUCCUUCCUGCAGAAAAUGGCGGACAAGAUCCUCAGCACAGGAAAAUAUCUAAAUGUGGUCAGAGAGUGUGGCCAUGACGUCACCUGCCCAGUGGCUAAAGAGAUCAUCUACACGUUAAAAGAGCGGGCGUAUGUGGAGCAGAUCGAGAAGGCAUUUAACUACGCCAGCAAGGUGCUGCUGGACUUCCUGAUGGAGGAGAAGGAGCUGGUGGCUCACCUCAGGUCCAUCAAGCGCUACUUCCUCAUGGACCAGGGCGACUUCUUCGUGCACUUCAUGGACCUCGCGGAGGAGGAGCUCCGGAAGCCGGUGGAGGACAUCACGCCCCCCCGCCUGGAGGCGCUGCUGGAGCUGGCGCUGCGCAUGAGCACGGCCAACACCGACCCCUUCAAGGACGACCUCAAGAUCGACCUGAUGCCCCAUGACCUCAUCACUCAGCUCUUGCGCGUUCUGGCCAUCGAGACCAAGCAGGAGAAGGCGAUGGCCCACGCCGACCCCACGGAGCUGACGCUGAGCGGCCUGGAGGCCUUCUCUUUCGACUACAUCGUCAAGUGGCCCCUUUCGCUCAUCAUCAACAGGAAAGCCCUCACUCGUUACCAGAUGCUCUUCAGGCACAUGUUCUACUGCAAGCACGUGGAGCGGCAGCUCUGCAGCGUCUGGAUCAGCAACAAAACCGCCAAGCAGCACUCGCUGCACUCCGCCCAGUGGUUUGCUGGGGCUUUCACUCUGCGGCAGCGAAUGCUCAACUUCGUCCAGAAUAUUCAAUACUACAUGAUGUUCGAAGUGAUGGAACCGACCUGGCACAUCCUGGAGAAAAACCUGAAAUCCGCCUCCAACAUUGACGACGUCCUUGGCCACCACACAGGCUUCCUGGACACCUGCCUGAAGGACUGCAUGCUCACCAACCCCGAGCUGCUGAAGGUCUUCUCCAAGCUCAUGUCUGUGUGCGUCAUGUUCACCAACUGCAUGCAGAAAUUUACACAGAGCAUGAAAUUAGAUGGCGAGCUGGGUGGGCAGACGCUGGAGCACGGCACCGUCCCGGGGCUGCCCGCAGGGGCCGAGGAGCGGGCCCGGAAGGAGCUCGCCAGGAAGCACCUGGCUGAGCACACGGACGCUGUGCAGCUGGUGUCCGGCUUCGAGGCCACCAUCAACAAGUUUGACAAGAACUUCUCAGCCCACCUGCUGGACCUCCUGGCCCGGCUGAGCAUCUAUAGCACCAGUGACUGUGAGCACGGCAUGGCCAGCGUCAUCUCCAGGUGGGUGGGCGCCACCCAGGCUCAGCCCUUCCUCAGCUCAGUCCAGCGCCUGCCCCUGCCCAGCACCGCCCUGGCCCAGUGCUGCCCCGGCUCAGCCUUCCCCCAGCUCAGCCCAGUGCCUGCCCCAGCCCAGCACCUGCCCCGGCUCAGCCCUUCCUCAGCUCAGCCCAGCAUCUGCCCCAGCCCAGCGCCACCCCAGCUCAGCACCUGUCCCUGCAUCCAGGCCCCAUCUCCCCUGCACCCUCCCCUGGUCUACCUGGUGUAGCCUCCUUCAGAAGGUGGGGCAGGUCUGUGUCCUGGUGCUAGUGCUGGUCAUAUGCCACUCCCUGAAGUCAGGCUAGCCCGGCUCUCCCUGGGGUGUGACAUUCUGUGCAACUGGGCUGCCCCAUUGGCACCCUGCGGCUGUGUGUGUGUCCUGUGGGGCUGAUCAGGCCUGGGUCAGCUUCCCUCAUGCUGCACUAACACCUAGCCUGGGGGAAAGGGCCAGGUGGCCAAGCUGCCAGCCUGGAAGGGGUGGUGCCCUUGGGGGUGCUAUCCUUGGGAAGGUGCCUAUUUGUGCUUUUGGACCACCCUGUGCCCUGUGCCCCCCACAGAUGUUCUGAUUUUAUGAGCAGGGGUUUCUGAGGCCACCCUGCAUUGAGAACCACUGCUUGGUUCUCCAAGCCCCUGACACCUCAGGCCCCAUUGCUAGGCCCUGUUGGGGUGAUGGGAGCCCCAACUUUCUGGGGCCAGGAGAGAAGAAACCUGUGUUUGUGCCUUUGAGCAGGACUGAAAACCUUCCUGUGGAAACGUUAGUUAGGAGCGUGCCUCACCCUCACCCCUGCAGGGCCUCUUAUGGUCUCUGUAGCUGAACACUUCCCCAUGGUAGGAGCAGGGCUGCUCAGGACGCACCCACAGAAGGGGUGUGCACCCUAGCUCCACUGUGCUUCCACAGCCCUGCUGCCCAGCACGCACCCGCAGAAGGGAUGUGCGCCCCAGCUCCACUGUGCUUCCUCACAGGCUUGACUUCAAUGGUUUCUACACGGAGCGCCUGGAGCGCCUGUCUGCAGAGAGGAGCCAGAAGGCCGCCCCGCAAGUGCCUGUCCUGCGGGGGCCCCCAGCUCCUGCACCCAGGGUCGCAGUCACCGCACAGUGAGCCCUGGCUGCAACAGGAAGGAAGGGUGUGGGGUCAGCAGGGACUGGUGCACAUGGGUCCAGAAUUUUCAAAUCGAAUGCUCUGUGUUCUGUCUUUGCAGUUUAAAUAUAAAGCAGGAAAGAUUGA